ACUCGGAAAAUAGAUCAAGAUCCGAGAGAGAGAGAGAGAGAGAGAGAGAGAGAGAGAGAGAUGAAGAAAUCCUGGCGGAGGUUCUUCAUCGACUGCUUGAAAUGCUCGCCCUCCACCCCGAAAGAAGUGGUGGCGGUGGACGGGGAGGAUAAUAAUGUCCAGGUGGUGGAAAAGAGGAAGCCUGGUGGCUGGAAAUGCAUGCCCUACAUCAUCGGAAAUGAGACGUUCGAGAGGGUGGCGUCCUCCGGGCUGACGGCGAACUUCACCGUGUAUCUGGUGAGCAGGUACCACAUGAAGCAGGUGGCAGCGGCCAAUUUCGUGAACGUUUACAGUGGGGUGGCGAACUCUGCGCCGCUGCUGGGGGCCUUCAUCUCCGACGCCUACUGGGGCCGCUUCCGCACCCUCGCCUAUGCCUCCGUCGCCUCCCUCUUGGGAAUGGUGGUCAUGACCCUCACGGCGGCGAUCCCCCAGCUCCGGCAGCAGAGCUGCAGCCCCGCAGCCGAGCAGGCAGGGCAAUGCGAGGGCCCAACAAGGUCCCAGCUGGGCGUCCUCAUCCUCUCCCUCGCCCUCAUGUCGGUCGGCUCCGGCGGCAUCCGGCCGUGCAACCUGCCCUUCGGCGUGGACCAGUUCGACAAGACCACGGAGUCCGGCCGGCGCGGCCUCGCCAGCUUCUUCAACUGGUACUACUGCACCUCCACCGCCGCCAUCAUAUUGGCGAUGACCUUAAUAGUAUACAUCCAGAGCAGCAUCAGCUGGCCGGUGGGGUUCGGCAUCCCGGCCGGCCUGAUGGUGAUUUCGAUAACUCUGUUCUUCCUUGGGAUGAGGCUCUACGUGUACGUGCCGGUGGAGGGCAGCGUGUUCUCCGGCAUCGCGCAGGUGUUUGUGGCGGCGUACAAGAAGCGGAAGCUGGAGCUGCCAGCGAAGGACGAUGUGGUGGGGCAGGAGAGAAUGCUGUACGACCCGCCGACGGUGAGCCAUGGGGUGAUGAAGCUUCCGCUGACGCCGCAGUUCAGUUUCUUGAACAAAGCGGCGGUCAUAUGCGAGGGAGAUACGAAAGAAGACGGCACCCCGGCGAACUCAUGGAGGCUAUGCAGCGUCCAACAGAUAGAAGAAGCAAAAUGCCUCAUCCGCAUCCUCCCCAUCUGGCCCGCCGGCCUCUCCUGUUUCGUAGCAUUAGCUCAGCAGUGGACUUUCGUCAUCCUCCAAUGCUUGAAGAUGGAUCGCCACCUGGGCCCACGCUUUCAGAUCCCCAGCGCCUCCGUCCCCAUCGUCGCCUUGCUCGCCCUCACCCUCUUCAUCCCCAUCUACGACCAGCUCUUCGUCCCGCUGGCCCGGAGGUUCACCGGGAUAGAGAGUGGGAUCACCCUUCUCCAGAGGCAGGGAGCGGGGAUCGUGAUGGCCGCCUUGUCGAUGGUGGUGGCGGGCGUGGUGGAGCGCAAGCGGCGGGACUCGGCCGUGGCCCACGGCGGUCUCUACGGGUCGUCGCCGCUGUCCGCCGCGUGGCUCGUACCGCAGCUCGUUCUGAUGGGCGUAGCGGAGGCGUUCAACGCGAUAGGGCAGGUGGAGUUCUACAACCGGCAGUUCCCGGAGCACAUGCAGACCAUAGCGGCGGCGUUCUUCACGUGCAGCUUGGCCGGGGCGAGCUAUCUGAGUGCCAUCCUCGUGUCCGCCGUGAGGAAGUAUACCAGCUGGUUGGAGGACGACAACAACAUGAAUGCCGACAGGCUCGACUACUUCUAUUAUCUGAUAGCCGUCUUAGAGGUGGUGAAUACCCUCUAUUUCCUGGUUGCUGCCCAUUUCUAUCGCUACAAGGGUGCUGCUACCGAGGUGGAACUGAAGGAAGUAAGGGAGGCGAGGGCGGCCACUCAGGCACAGGGGACGACUACUGGUGAAGGUAUAUGUUAGGAAGGCAUGCUGCUUGGUGUAGCAUAUAGUCAUCGCGGUGUUUUUACUUUUUUUUUUUUUCCUUUUUCAAGGUAAUGGCAUAGCCAUCGUUGGGCUGUAUAAGUGAUUUCAGAUUCGGACAAAAUUUAAAAAGUUUAUCAGAAGUUCCAGAAAUUCA